AUGGCGAGCGCAGUGUCCAACCUCGCUGCAAGUAACAACACACGCUUCAAUGCCGAAGCCGCGGCCUGGGAUUCUCGACCAUUCGUACACGAAGCUAGCCAAGGAGCUGCGAAAGCCAUCCGAGACCUACUUGCUGCACGUCCGGGCGAUAAGCCUGUCAACAAACUGGAGGUGCUCGAGAUCGGCUGCGGUACAGGCAUUCUCUCGUUCCUACUCGCACCUCAUGUUCAACGCAUUAUAGCGGUUGAUGCCGCGGAAGGUAUGAUCGAUGUAUUGAAAGAGAAGCUUACGAAACCACACGCACCGAAGAACAUCCUCCCUCUAGCACUACUCCUCGACAACCCGGAGGACGCUGCUCUACCCCCGGCAGAUCCUCUGGAUGUGAAUGCCUCGUCUGGCCCGCGACUGAAGGUGGACCUCAUCACCAGCCAUCUUGUAAUGCACCACAUUCCCGACCUCGUCCCAUUACUGGAGACAAUGUACGCCUGCCUGGCUCCGGGAGGACGAGUCAUGCUCACAGACUUCGAGGACUUCGGUCCUGAGGCGAAGCGAUUCCAUCCAGCGAGUAAGAUGGAUGGUGUCGCUAGGCAUGGCAUCAAUGCUCGCUGGAUGGAGGCCAUUCUACUGCAAGUCGGCUUCACAGACGUGGAGGUCGAGGCUCGCUGGACUAUGACGAAAAAUGUGGAAAAGUACGAAGGAGAGUUUGGAGGGGCUUAUGGCGGCGACGCACAAGAGCUAACCAGCACUGGAAAGGGCGAAGACAUGCAAUUCCCGUUCCUGGUCUGCUAUGGCGCGAAGAAUUGA